GUCCAAUGAUUAUGCAGGGGAGAGGUGAUAAUGACUUCCUAUCAAGAGUUAACGGCCGAAGGGGAGAGUGGCCCUCUGUUCACGGGCUGCUGCCGAGCAAAAGAGGUCAUAAACCGGGACCUGGGCGGCAGGACUCAUCCUGAACUCUGCAGACGUGUCGAGGAGGGAGAACUGGAGGCUGAAGUAGCCUCAGGAUUUAACACACCGCAUCCACGGUACUUAACUCUCCCCAACAGUUUGACUCUGUGCACCUCUUUGGACAGCCCUCCUCCUCCUCUUCCUCCACCACCGUGCGAGACUCUCGAGGGCUUCUCGACACCGGCCUGCCCCCACUCGUCCCGUGUCCCCUGGCGGCGCAGGGCGCAGGGGCAGCAGCAGGGCUCUCCAGGACGCGGACGCCGCGCGUCAAACAUCAGCGACGACCCGCCACAAUCCGCCUUCGGGUCACUUCCAGAACAUUUUCAGAUCUACUGUCGCAAUGGCCCCGAGAUUCACGUCGCCGUGGGGAGUUCGGCUGGCUCGGACCGCGCCGGAGCUGAUGUGGAUGUAAACAGUAAAACUUUUGAGUGGAUGAGAGUGAAGAGGAGUCAGCACCGGGCGGCCAGGAUGCCCAUGACCUGUGGGUUCAGUACUGUUGGCUCAGGCCUCGGUGCUGCUGUGGAGGCUGGAGGCGGCAGCAGCAGCAGCAGCAGCAGCAGCAUCUGUGCGGAUGGCCAUCCCACGGUGAACGGGGCCCCGAGGACCAGCUUCAGCACCAAGCAGCUGACCGAGCUGGAGAAGGAGUUCCACUUCAACAAGUACCUGACGCGGGCCAGGCGGGUGGAGGUGGCCGGCGCCCUGCAGCUGAGCGAGACGCAGGUGAAAGUUUGGUUUCAGAACAGACGCAUGAAGCAGAAGAAAUUGCAGAGAGACGGGCUGCUCUGCGACCCGCCGGCGGCGCACUCACACGCCGGGACUCUGGACACCUGCCCCUCUCCGCCCGGACCCGCCUCGCCGGCAAAACACCUGGCCCUGACCUCCUGAGCGCAACGCUGCCUGCAGAUGUUUUGCUGCCCGUUUGCGGCCGUUUCAAUCAGGCUUCACCUUUAUUUGCUUACCGCGAUGGAUGUUUAUCGCAAGAAGCGCAAUGCCAAGUUUCUUCAUGCAAGAACGGGUCAAAACAAUUUGUCAGCCUCCCCCGGCUACAGACUGGCGCUCUGAUUUGAAUAUUAAAAUUCGAGUCAUCGCAUUGCGCUCCCAUCUUCGCCAUGUAAACGAAGAAGCAAAAUGAUAUUAAUUGUCCAUAGACAACAAUGGCAGUUUGUUUAUUGAGGUUGUGCAAUUUAAUCAGGAAGGACGUUGACGUGAAUAUAUUUAUUGUGCCUCCUAGUUUUGUUUAAAGUAUUAUUUAUUUAUUUAUUUAUUUACCUAUUUAUUUAUUUAUUUGACGAUGUUUAUUUUUAUUGACACGGUACAGAAAAUACAUUUUUAAGGGAAAUCUGAACUCAUUAUUCCAACAGAUCAUAACAUUUUUUUAUUAUUAUUAUUUUUUACUUUUAAACAAUUAAACUUCUGACAUUGCGGAGAUAUAUUUUAUUUUUAUAUCUUUAAAGUGAGCUGCAACUGCUGCAGACAAACAUCUUUAACAUGAUGUGUUGCAGCAGAUAAUUAUGAGGCUAAUUUAGCAGAGAGCUUUAAUGUUCCGCACUUUGUCCGGUUUUUCAAGGUUUUAAUUCUCCCCACGCUCCUCCAUGGAGAGAUUAAAAAGCCAUAAUUGACUGAUAGAUUUAUUGACCGGCCGUAUUAAGGCUAUUGAUCCGCGGUGAUCCAUCCAUUUGAGGCACAAAUCUGGGAGCGUUUGCACGCAUCUGUAACUGCGCGUUAAUGGAAUGUAGAAACACGACGAUCGGGAGCUGUUGCGCCUUUUAUUACCCCUAUACAUGCAUCAGAAAAUGAUAAUUUAGCUUGAACACUCAUGCGGGAGGGUAGACAAUAAAACGCUGUCUGUGCUGUUUUGCACAUCAACCAAUAAAAGCUGCGUGGCCCCAGCAGCUCGAGCAGCUAAAUAUUCCUUCCAGAUUCACAUCUCAUCUUGUAUAAAGUAAAUGAUUGUAAACUCGGCCCUUAAACACUGUUGUGCUCCCCGGUAUCGCAAUGCGUUUCUGUCACGUUAACGCCUGCUGUAAUAUCAGGGCGUGAGCCAUCAGCCGCAUUAAUCCUCUGCCAGGGAAUAUUUUUGUUUAGCUUUCAAUUAGCGGUGUUUGCACUGGAUGUGGAGGGCACCGCACAUUAAUGAC